GGUCGCACUGAUGAAAACCGAGCCGCGGCUCUUAUGCACAGUUCAUUAUCUAGCUUCACACGGGUCUCAUUAUCUGUGUCGAUUGUAGGCUAUGUAGGCUAUGUGCUGCCGUUGAGAAAAUAAUCUAUAUUUUCUAUUAAGUUGCCUUCUGUAUUUAAUUAUAUAUUUUCAGCUACAUACACAGGUUGUUUUCAGUUUACAUUCACUGUCAGAGCAUGGAACCUUUGCGGAAAGAGGCGAAGGAUAAUCCAUCGGCUACAGCUAAUCUUCUUUCCAAGAUUUUCUUCUGCUGGCUGAAUCCUUUAUUCCGUAUCGGCUAUAAUCGGAGGCUAGAGGAACAUGACAUGUACAAAGUUCUCCCAGAGGAUGGAUCUGAGAGACUAGGAGAAGAUUUACAGUGGUACUGGGAUCAAGAAGUACAGUGGGCUGCUAAGGACCUGCGCACACCCAGACUAACCAGAGUCCUCAUUGCGUGCUAUUGGAGGUCCUAUUCUGUCAUAGGAAUAUUUACUCUCAUUGAGGAAAUUAUCAAAGUGAUUCAGCCAGUACUUCUUGGGAAGCUCAUCCGGUAUUUUGAGAGCUAUGACCCUGACAACAUGGAUGCUCUGUAUGAGGCCUGUGGCUAUGCUGCAGGCGUCUCCCUGUCCACCCUGGGUCUGGCUGCUCUGCACCACCUCUACUUCUACCACGUGCAGCGAGCCGGGAUGAAGAUCCGGGUGGCCAUGUGUCACAUGAUCUAUCGGAAGGCCCUCUGUCUUAACAGCACAGCGCUGGGAAAAACCACCACUGGACAAAUCGUCAACCUCUUAUCAAACGACGUCAACAAGUUUGAUGAGGUCACUAUCUUUUUGCACUUCCUCUGGGUGGGUCCUCUACAAGCAGCGGCUGUGAUGGUGUUGUUAUGGUAUGAGAUCGGCCCAUCAUGCCUUGCAGGAAUGGCCGUCCUGGUCUUCCUGAUGCCUAUACAGACUCUGUUUGGUCGCCUGUUCUCCUCUUUCAGGGGCACAACCGCAGCCUUGACAGACAACAGAAUACGCACGAUGAAUGAAGUGGUCUCUGGGAUCCGGAUCAUCAAGAUGUAUGCCUGGGAGAAGCCUUUUGCAGCUCUGGUAGAUGAAGUCAGAAGGAAGGAGAUCUCCAAGAUCAUGAAGAGCUCUUACCUGAGAGGCCUCAACAUGGCCUCCUUCUUUGUGGCCAGCAAGAUCAUCGUCUUCAUCACCUUCACUGUCUAUGUGUUGAUGGGGAACAGGAUCUCUGCCAGCCGGGUAUUUGUGGCCGUUUCUCUGUACGGGGCUGUGAGACUCACCGUCACCCUCUUCUUCCCCAAUGCCGUAGAGAAGGUCUCUGAGGCUCUCAUCAGCAUCCGCAGGAUCAAGACUUUUCUUAUGUUGGAGGAAGUUGGUUCGGCGCAGGAUCUUGGACUCCCUGUGGCAGAGAAGAAGGACUGUAUGGUGGAAAUAAAGGAUUUAAUCUGCUUCUGGAACAAGGCACUAGACUCUCCGACACUGCAGGACCUGUCUUUCACUUUGAGGUCAGAGCAACUCCUGGCUGUCAUUGGACCAGUUGGGGCUGGAAAGUCCUCUCUACUCAGCACCAUCCUGGGGGAGCUGAACCCGGAUAAGGGCGUGGUCAAGUUCAAAGGCGAACUGACCUAUGCAUCCCAGCAGCCCUGGAUUUUCCCAGGGACCAUCAGGAGUAACAUCCUGUUUGGCAAAGCGCUCCACCCUCAGAAGUACGAGAGGGUUCUCCGAGCCUGCGCCCUCAAGAGAGACAUGGAGCUGCUGCCUGAUGGGGACCUGGAGGUGAUAGGGGACAGAGGAGCCACCCUCAGCGGGGGACAGAAGGCCCGGGUCAGCCUGGCCAGAGCAGUGUACCAGGAUGCUGAUAUCUACCUGCUGGAUGACCCUCUCAGUGCUGUGGAUGCUGAGGUGGGGAAACACCUCUUUGAGCAGUGUAUCUGUGGCCUGUUGCGGAAGAAGCCGCGCAUCCUUGUCACCCACCAGCUGCAGUACCUGAAGGCUGCAGACCAGAUCCUAGUUCUGAAGGAAGGUCACAUGGUGGCGCGGGGUACGUUCACGGAACUCCAGGGCUCUGGAUUAGACUUCACCUCGCUGCUGAAAAAGGAUGAGGAGGACGAGGAGGAGGGGAAGGGGGAGCCUGCCCCAGGCACACUCACCGGCUCCCCACACACCCUAUCCCAGAGCUCUAUGCCCUCCCUCUCCUCCUCCAUGCAUUCUGUGAUGGAGGGAGUGGACCAACCAGAGCCUGUGCAACACGUGUUGGAGGAGAGUCGUUCAGAGGGAACCAUCGGUCUCCAUCUUUAUCUGAAGUACUUCAGAGCAGGUGCUAACGUCCUGGUUCUCCUGGCCCUAGUUUUCCUUAACCUGUUGGCACAUAUCACAUAUAUUCUACAGGAUUGGUGGCUCGCUUACUGGGCCUCUGAACAGGAGCAUCUCAAUGUGACGGAGCCCAUCCACAAUGGCAGCAGUGCCACUCAGCAGCUGGACCUUGACCUUUACUUGGGUGUUUACGCAGGUUUAACAGGGGCCACCAUCGUAUUUGGCUUCCUGCGUAGUCUUGUGUUCUUCAACGUCCUGGUGAACUCAGCCCAGACCCUCCACAACCGCAUGUUCACCGCCAUCCUCCGCACCCCUGUCUGCUUCUUCGACAUCAAUCCCAUUGGAAGAAUCCUCAACAGGUUCUCUAAGGACAUUGGUUACCUGGACUCUCUGCUGCCCUGGACCUUUGUGGACUUUAUCCAGGUGUUCCUGCAGAUCCUGGGGGUGAUCAUCGUGGCGGCCGCCGUCAUCCCCUGGAUCCUCAUCCCCGUCGUCCCUCUACUCGUCGUCUUCCUGUUCUUGCGACGCUACUUCCUGCAGACCUCCAGGGACAUCAAGCGCCUGGAGUCCACUACCCGGAGCCCAGUUUUCACCCACCUGUCCUCAUCCCUCCAAGGUCUGUGGACCAUCCGUGCCUUUAAAGCCCAGCAGCGGUUCCAGCAGGCAUUUGACGCACAUCAAGACCUCCACUCCGAGGCCUGGUUCCUAUUCCUGACCACAUCCCGAUGGUUCGCUCUGCGUCUGGAUGGCAUCUGCUCCAUAUUUGUCACCCUCACUACCUUUGGGUGCCUGUUCCUCAGGGAUGACUUGAAGGCAGGUGCUGUGGGCCUGGCUCUGUCCUAUGCAGUAACCCUCGUCGGCAUGUUUCAGUGGGGAGUCAGACAGAGUGCGGAGGUGGAGAACAUGAUGACUUCUGUGGAAAGGGUGGUGGAGUACACAGAACUGGAGAGCGAAGCGCCUUGGGAGACAGACAAACGGCCUCCGCCUGAUUGGCCCAGGCAUGGUUUCAUCACCUUCGACCAGGUCAACUUCUCCUACUAUGCGGACAGUCCUCUGGUCCUAAAGAACAUUACUGCGGUCUUCAGAUCCAGAGAAAAGGUUGGCAUCGUGGGGCGGACUGGCGCUGGUAAAAGCUCCCUGAUCUCUGCUCUGUUCCGCCUGGCUGAACCUGAUGGCAGGAUUUCCAUCGACGGCGUUCUCACCGCCGAGAUCGGCCUGCAUACCCUGCGCCAGAGAAUCUCCAUCAUCCCCCAGGACCCGGUUCUCUUCACGGGCACCAUGAGGAAGAAUCUGGACCCUUUCAGCCAGCACACAGACGAGGACCUGUGGAAUGCACUGGGAGAGGUGCAGCUGAGGACCGUGGUGGAGGAGCUGCCUGGGAGGCUGGAGACCAUGCUGGCUGAGUCGGGCUCCAACUUCAGCGUGGGUCAGAGGCAGCUAGUCUGUCUGGCCAGGGCCAUCCUCAGACGGAACAAAAUCCUCAUCAUCGACGAGGCCACCGCUAACGUGGACCCCAGAACCGACGGCCUUAUCCAGCAGACCAUCCGGGAGAAGUUCAGGGAGUGUACUGUGCUCACCAUCGCCCACCGACUCAACACUAUCAUCGACUGUGACCGGAUCCUGGUUCUAGAUGCUGGGAGGAUCCAGGAAUACGAUGAGCCCUACGUUCUGCUUCAGAACCAGGAAGGAGUGUUCUACCAGAUGGUCCAGCAGACAGGCAAGGCAGAGGCAGCCUCCCUGCUCCAUGCAGCCAAACAGGUUCACAUGAACAAAAGCCAUCCCGAUGUGAUCAACGGACUGACGGACCUGAGCCCGUCCGAGGGGAGCUGUGUCAUCUUUGAGACGGCCCUGUGACACCGUUGUCUGACCUUUUCACCCCUGUAAUGUGGCCCUCUGCGCUGGCCACACCAUGAGGAUGCCUCACACACUGUACCAAAUAUUAUCCAGCUCUUGAUUUCACUAUGCCUUCUUCAACACCGCUGGCAAAGGUGUGGCGAUCAGGCGUUUUGCUUCAGCACUUUUCAAUUAUAUGGGGCAGCGCCCCACCAGUUAUGGUUUGGGUUAAUAUAUUUUUUUAAAUACGCAAAAGUGUUGAAACAGGGACAAAGUAGGCCUACUGUUUUUUUGUGUGUAUUUUUGUUAGACUCACCAGCCUUGCCUCCUAAUCUGUCAAUUCGCACACUAUGUCCUUCUCAUCAGAGUGCUGUGUGGGUGUUGACCUGUCAGAUUCAUGAAAAUCACAGGGCACACGAAUUGGGCAUGACGCACGUCUAUAGACUCUGAUAUUAUUUUAGCAAACAGGGUAAGAACUCACUCCUGACAGACCCAAGCAAAACCUCUUUCCAGAAACAUUGUAGCAGCCUAGACCUAAACAUCAGUGAUCUGACAUGCUGUAUCAGUCUGAGCAACUGUAGGCCCAGCCUCUAUGCGACCUGUCCCAUCUGGCUUGGGGAAAUGAAGUGGUAACGUUCACAGCCUAAGCCAAUUUAUUUGUGUUAAGAGAAAUUGUGAAUAUGAUCAAAUUUGGAAUGGAACUUUUG